AUGUCGCCACCCCGCCGCCGUUCGGCCCGGUUGGCCAGCGCAAGCACGCCUAAGCCGAAGCCCAAGUAUACUCUGGCCUCCGUUGCCGAACGCGAUGACACUCCUCCCUCUAGCAAGGUUGCCGAAAGUCUGAAUGCCCUCGCCGUUCCGAAUCACGAUCCUGCCACGCCUUCCUCGUCCUCGAACUUGAAGGCGCCAUUGUCUGAAAUGCACCCGAGCAAGGUUCACCCUACCGUUGCACCUCCCUCGGCUACCUGGCUUGGCUUCAGAGACAUGAAGCCCUCCGACAAGAAUGCCGACCCUCAAGCGACGCCGUCCAAGACUACGGGCGUGCCCGAGUCGCCCUUCACCUUCCGCGUCGCACAGCCUGCUAGCGACACGGGCCUGAGUAGCGAUGCCCAGCAGAUGAUGAACGAGCUGCGAGAGGAAGCGGCCAGAAUCAAGACCGAGCUGCUUGCCAAGCGUGAGUUAGAGAGACAAGAUGAAGAAAUCAACGGACGCAAAAUUGCUACGGCCAGGGGCAAGUCGGGUCGCUUCAGUGGCGCCCACAUGGCCGAGUUCAAGAAGAUGGACUCCAUCGAAGGCCAUCCCUCAUCCUUCCGAGCCCAGCCUGGCCGAGUCACCCCACUCAAGAGCUCUUUGAAGCGCUCUCAGUCCAAGGCUAACCUCGACGACACACCCACUCAACCAAGGUCUGGCCUGAAGCGGUCUCCCUCCAAGCCCGACUUAGAUGACACGCCUACUCAUCCCAAGUCCAGCCUGAAGCGGCUUCCCUCCAAGGUCAACCUGGAGAACACUCCAAGCCAGCCCAAGUCAAGCCUCAAGCGAUCUCCUUCCAAGGCAAACCUGGAUGACACUCCUACCCAUCCAAAGUCAAUCCUCAAGCAGCCUUCUAAGCUCAACUUGGGCAUACCCGGAACACCCAGCCAGCAAAAGUCAAGUCUCAAGCGAUCUCCGUCCAAGGCUAACCUGGACGACACGGACUCCAGCGACUCCAAAAAGGCUUCCUUUAGUUCUCGGCCCAGGGCUCGUCUCUUCGCCCUUAUCGAGCCUCCCUCUUCCGUCAAGCGAGUGCGACAGCGCUUCGAAGACGACGCCUCCACGGCUCGACCGGUUUCCCGGGAUGGCAGCUCUCUGCCGCGUCCCAAGUCGAGCGAAACUGACGCGCCUGCCGGUCUUCGAUCUCAACCAAGCCUGGCAUCCCUAACGAGCCCCACCUCUUCGUCGCUGGCUCGCGCCGCCGGCAGCAAAAUGCCUCUCCCUGGGACGCUGACCAAGUCGGCUAGCAAGCCCGACUUGGGAAGUCUUGUCAAGUCACCCUCGAAGCCCGAACUUGGAAAUCUCAAGAAGUCGCCUUCCAAGCCCGAACUGGGUGGUCUCACAAAGUCUGUCACAACCAACAACCUCGCUGCGUUUGAGAAGACGGCCGAGCUGAAACGCCGGAUUGUGAGCCCAGGUCGAUUUGAAAGAGUCAAGUCGAUCCUGCGCGGCGGCAAGGGGGCUUUAGACAAGACGAAGAGCGCGAUUCCCAAACCCGCUUCUGGCGUCUCCCAAACCCCCGCACCGCAAGUUGCAGAGAAAGCACCGCAAGCCGUUCCGUUCACCACGCCGCGCAGGAAGCUAUUUAAGAGAGUUGAUUUCACGCCGGACACUGGUCGGACCGCCAUCGCCGCCCCUAACACGGUCGCACACCGGGCUUUUGCCAGCCUAAAUCCUCUCCACAAGCAGGAAGAGGUUCAAUAUCCAAGCCUGGAUGCCAUGCUUGGAAACGUAACCCACCGGAAAGAGGGUGACGGUCUCUAUCCCGACUUGAGCGUCGGCAGCCCGUCCGAAAAGGCGAGCGAGAAGGUCACUGGCAACGCAACUGAGGGCAACAACGAGCUGCCCCCAACCAUUCCUGGCACGUUCACUUUCCGCAGCGACCAUACGAUUCGGUUUGGUAGCGCCUCGCCCACUAGUUUCGGAUCGUCUGCUGGACAAGCCAGCGUCCGCCAUGUGCGGACUUCACUGGACAUGCCGGGUAACUUCCCGACCGGCACUGAGUUCGGUUCCAACAAGGAGAACAGGUCACCCAUGCAACUCCUUGCUGGUAAGCCCCACGGCAUGCCCAACAAGAAGCGCGCUCGCGCUCGUGAAGAAGAAGGAGAUCUCGAGGAGAACACGGCUGAGAGAGCCGGAAAACGACGCAAGGCUGAGCCAGUGCCCGAAGGAGAUGCUCUCCUCGCUCCCAGGUUGACGGGAGCGACCCCACGCACUGUGGGUAAGAAGACUCAGGGUUUUCGGGCCAUUCAGUCGCCGAGCCCAGCGAAGCGAGCCGGUAUGAGCCUGAGUCGGCUCAACAUGCUUGCGAAGCCGAAGAUGCGACGUUGA